GAGGACCUGAUCAUCAGCUGCAGUGGUUUCUGCUGGAGAUGUUGUGUUUUUGGUCUUCUUCAGGGAUUGGAGCAAAAAAACGUCAAGGACAAAACAUCUGACUGAAAAGGUUCGCUUUGUUUGUGCGGCAUUUUGUUUGGACAUGGCGUGGAGACACAGCAACACAGCUGCAAUGAGCGGGAGCCAGCUUCAACCCAUCAGCGGGCCCAGCACCACAACCAUGUCAAAAACCACCGCCGUUAGACUUCGAUACGUCUACGAUCCCAAACCUCAACUUCCCAAGGCCCCGGUCCCGAUCCGCCCUCCGAGCCCGAGACCCCCCUCCGCAAUUCCGGACUCCAAGCUCAGCUCGCACAGCCAUCCUCCGACUAAAACAAUCAUGAGGAGACGAACUCAGUCUCUCUCCGGGCCCGCAGAGAGGAGGAGUCUACCCAGGAGCCCGCAGGUGCGCUUCGUGGACGCGCUGGGCCUGGACUUAGAGGAAGUGAAGGUGUUCAAAGUCAAAGAGCGACCGCUGAUACCCCAGCACGUUAUGUUCAGACUCCUGAUGAGCUCCGAGAUGGCCUUCGGGACGUCCCUGGAGCUGUCCCUGCCUCACUUUAAACCCUGUUUCCCCGAGAACCAGGGGACAGAACCGGACUUCCUGGAGCGUGUGCACACGCAGUUUGUGUGUCUGGACCGGGUCACGUGCACGGAUCUGGGAAUAACCGGCACCGUUCAAGUGCUGAAUUUAGACUAUGAGAAAAAGGUGGAGGUGCACUACUCUUUUACCAACUGGAGAACGAGCGCGGACACGACCGCAUCCUGGGUGUCGACCGGGUCCCAGGGGGACCACGGCGGUCCAGGCACGGACGUCUUCCGGUUUCGUCUGCACGUGCCGCCUUUCAUUCUGCAGCCGGGAGGACUGCUGGAGUUUGCCGUCCGCUACCGUGUGAAAGGCUCCGAUCACUGGGACAACAACCGUGGGUGCAAUUACAAACUGUCGUGCCACUGCUACAAGGUGACCGUUCCAAGGGAAUGUGAGGACAGUAUGCUGCAUUUCACCUGAGUCGCCACACGGGGGCGAUGCAACAUUUGCACACAGACAUAGCUGCAGCUUUUUGACAUGCUUCUUCCACUAAUGCCAACAAUGCUGUGAGACUGUUGACUCACAUGUGAGUUGCUUUUUUUAUUGACUUUUUAACUCCAAAUGUGCACAAAAGAGGAUUUUGUGGCUAAAGUGCACUGAUUGAAGACUUUAUAAAAGCACAUUUGAAAUGUAGAAGUAAGCAAUUUACAAUCCCUGUUUCCAUAUGAGUUGGGAAAUUGUGUUAGAUGUAAAUAUAAACGGAAUACAAUGAUUUGCAAAUCCUUUUCACC